AUCUUGCGCCAACUCCAAAACAAAACUCCAUUUAUACGUCCACUGCUUGAUGAGAUUGAAGACCCCCCAAACCCUCCUGCCAUAGUAUUGACUCAUUGAGGUACCUAGAUGAUGAUGUUUUACACGCCUCCAAUACCCAACGCCUCACUUGUCUAGAGGCGAAAUACUUCACCAAAAAGGUCCUUGAGCACUCUCAGUUUUGCAUAGAGAAGGCUUUGUUCAUACCGAUGUCAAGCCUGGCAAUGUGUUGGUGAACUAUGGCCAGGAUAGCAAGCAACACAACCGGUUUACGGACGACCAACUAGCUGACUUUGGAGAUACCGUUCGUGAAGAUUUAGCUUACGCGUGGGAUGGGGACGCCAUUGGAACACCAAUGUUGAGAAGUCCUGAAGCACAUUUGCAAAUGCGAUGGGGACUCCAACUGAUAUCUGGUCCUUUGGGGCACUGGUCGUCAGUUUGUUGUAUGGAGAAGGAUUCCACAUAUUCAAACCGGACGCCCCGGUCGAUCACGACGAGUAUGACCUCAAGAUCCUUAUGGAGCAUCACCGAUGCUUUGGCCCAUUUCCACUCUCCUCCUAUCAAGAGAUUGCGGAUGAAGGUAGACUAGAGGUUCUGAAGUGGAUCAUGGAAAAUAGCCCUGCCGAGAGCUUGAGACCCUUUCGCCUCACAACUUCAUGGGAAAUUUGCCAGGAGGAUAAGGGGUUUGUGCUGAGCAUAAUGAAGCUUGACCUGCGAGAUAGACCGACUGCGCAUCAACUCCUGGAGGAUGAAUAGUUCUCCUAAGCUUAAGUACUUACCUAGGGGAAAUGCAAAGUUUUUCCGUCUUUGCCGUCGUAACAGACGCCGGUGAAGUGGUCACGCGGAUCAUCACUCUUAUGCUCGGACUCCGUAGCUAGUGGGCCAGCAUGAGUAAUUGCAGUGUGCACCGCCGCGUUUUGCGUACCUUUGGCACACAUCAACCGUCCCAGGAGGCAACAGGUCCUUGGAUGUCUCGACAGCUUUCAUCCACCGUGGCCCUUGCUCUUGCACGACAGAAUCCCGCCUAACCCACUUUGUGGUUUGCGUAGCAGGAAAGACUGUGAUCUCCUGCCCAGCUUGCCAACAGGAAUCUUCUUUACAAUUUGAUUGUGGGACAUCGUCGAGAUUUUGUCGGGGGAACCCGGCUUCGAAGGCAAAUCAAAUGGGUUGUAAAAUCACGGGAAAGGGAAACUGACAAUCUGGAAGCUAUCUGUUCAGAUUGCAAACCUUUGAAAGUGGGUGGAGAGCCAGCUUAUAAGUUCUUGAGGCCUCCAUCGACAUCGAACCUUUCACCAAUGAUUUUGCGAGAUCCCAAGCCCUUUCAGACUACUAAAAGCGCGGGCCUUCUUAUUGGCAGGAACAGUCUGCUUUUGAGGAGGAGCGAUGGAAUUGUUGGCGACUCGGCCGCUGUCGAACUUUUCGAUUUGUGAAAAUCGGGUUUCCUUCAUGGGGUAGCAGGAUACAGACCCUUUUCAUCACCAGGGUCUCCAAAGCAAAUGGCGCUACCCAGCUCGAGUCCUCGACCAGUAGUAGUAUGCUUACUGAACGUGGUUUGACUCGCAGGCACCGCACCACCCUGUCAAUGCCUGCUUAACUGAAUAACAUGAUCAUCUUGAAAAUAGCCAGAAUAGAAUUUCAUAACUUGGCAAUGUUGAAUCAUAGAUCACCGCUUUGCUAAUUAGAUAGGCCAGAUCACAUCAGGAGUUGUUGCAGCUGUGGAUGCCUCUAUGAUAGCGGAGCCUCACACGUUUGUUUCUUAUUUCUUCAAAGCAUUGAUUGCUGUUGUCAC